AUGUUCAACGGAAGCCGGAAAUACAGCCCCUCGCCUUCCUCGCCGUCUUCCUCACGGGCAUCCUCCUCCUCGCUGCCGGCGGCUCCGCGGAGAUCCCCACGAGCCCUGCAACGCCACAGCUCGCUGCUCUCCCAGUACAGCCGCUUGCUGGAGAGCUACACGGAGGGGGAUUUGCCCCAGGGGAUCUCCAUCCUGGUGGACAUUCACCCACCCUAUGGGGGCCUCCAUCCUGGUGGACAUUCACUNNNNCUGUUCCCCCGGGCCGGCAGCCGCAGGAAGCGCGCCCGCGCUCGCCACAAACCCUGCGCCCUGAAGGAGCUGGAGGUGAGCGUCAGCGAGCUGGGGCUGGGCUACGAGUCGGAUGAGACCGUGCUUUUCCGCUACUGCAGCGGCACCUGCGAGUCGGCCAUCCGGAGCUACGACCUCUCGCUGAAGAGCAUGAGGAGCAGGAGGAAGAUCAAGAAGGAGAAGGUCCGGGCUCGACCCUGCUGCCGGCCGCUGGCCUACGACGACGACGUCUCCUUCUUGGAUGUCUCGGGGUUUGCUGGGGCGUCGCGGCUGUGGCCGAAGGAUGGCUUUCCGCUUGCAUGUCUUCUUUCGGGCGUCUCACUCGGGGUCGCCUUCUGCGUGAAGCCCCUCCGGCUCCGCCGCGGGAGCGUGGCUUGA